AUGCAGAGGGCUGGGGCAGGGGGCCGGAGGGCCUCCGACUGCGGCCCUGCCCCUCACCGGCCCAGGUGCAUCACCAAGUUCGCCCAGUAUGUGGGCUCCUUCCCGGUGGACGACCUGGACACCCAGGAGAGUGUGUGGCUCGUGCAACAACAGCUGUGGGCACUGAAGGAUUGUCCCCGACGCCAGGCCGUCAUCCUGAAAUUCAGCCUUCAGGGCCUCAAGAUCUACAGCGGGGAAGGAGAGGUGCUCCUGAUGGCUCAUGCUCUGAGGCGCAUCCUCUACUCUACCUGGUGCCCAGCUGACUGCCAGUUUGCCUUCAUGGCCCGAAACCCCCAGAGCCCGGCCAGCAAGCUCUUCUGCCACCUCUUUGUGGGCAGCCAGCCUGGAGAGGUCCAGACCCUGCACCUGCUGCUCUGCCGAUCCUUCCAGCUCGCUUACCUCUUGCAGCACCCUGAGCAGCGGGCACAGCCUGAGCCCUGCCUGGGGUCUGCAGGGGACAUGCCCGUGAAGCCACUGUCCAGCCCUGGGGGCCCCCCUGGCCUAGUACGGGAACCCUUCAGCCGUGAUCAGCUCUCACAGAAUGUGCACGCACUGGUCUCCUUCCGGCGGCUGCCAGCAGAGGGGCCUGCGGGCGGUGGGAAGGAGCUGCCAGAGUCAGAAGGCCGACGGGGCACCCGCCAUGCCUGCCUGGGGAAUCCUUACUGCUCGCCCACGCUGGUGCGCAAGAAGGCCAUUCGCAGCAAGGUGAUCCGCUCUGGGGCUUACCGAGGCUGCACCUACGAGACUCAGCUGCAGCUGUCCGCUCGGGAGGCCUUUCCUGCCGCGUGGGAGGCGUGGCCCCGGGGGCCUGGUGGCCCCUCGUGCCUGGUGGAGAGCGAGGGCAGCCUGACGGAGAACAUCUGGGCCUUUGCUGGCAUCUCCAGGCCCAGCGCCCUCGCCCUGCUGCGGAGAGACGUGCUUGGGGCCUUCCUGCUGUGGCCCGAGCCCGGCGCCAGUGGCCAGUGGUGCCUGUCGGUGCGGACACAGUGCGGUGUGGUACCCCACCAGGUCUUCCGGAACCACCUGGGCCGCUACUGCGUGGAGCACCUGCCUGCCGAGUUUGCCAGCCUGGAGGCCCUGGUGGAGCAUCACGCUGGGACCGAGCGCAGCCUCUUCUGCUCCCUGGACAUGGGCCAUCUGAACCCCAGCUACGAAGAUCAGGACUGCGGGUCCGAGGGCAGACCCCCCCGGACACUGCGGCCUCUUGGCCAUGCCAAGUCAGAGGCAGAGCUGCAGGGCCUGGGCUAG